CUCUCUCUCUCUCUCUUACCUACCUCAACAUUCAACUGUUUAAAAGGAGAGGAGAGGAGAGGAGAGAGGUCUCGAGAGAGACAGCGGCUGUUCGUGUGCGCGACAUGAUGUCUCAAACAAUGGUCGGAGGCUUUUCCUCUUUGACCCUCUGGCCUCCUUCCUCCAGCAAUUCCAGCUGCGGCAGGACCCAGUUUCGCCGGCAGCCUCUCCUUCUCCGACGCUCUGCCCGAGCAGGUGCCAUUCAGUCCCGACGAACAGCUAAAUUUGUUCCCUCCAGCGCGAGAGUUCAUUGCUCUGGUAAAGAUGACAACAGCUUCACAGUUGUGAGGGAGGGUAGCGUCUCGGUCGUUCUUUUGGCUGGAGGGAAGGGCAAGAGGAUGGGUGCGAGCAUGCCAAAGCAGUAUCUUCCACUUCUUGGCCAGCCAAUUGCUUUGUACAGCUUUUAUACUUUUUCACAAAUGAGAGAGGUGAAGGAAAUUAUUGUAGUUUGUGAUCCAUCGUACAAAGACAUAUUUGAAGACACCAAAGAGAAGGUUCAAGUGGAUGUUAAAUUUACACUGCCUGGGAAGGAGAGACAGGAUUCGGUCUACAGUGGCCUUCAGGCCGUUGAUAGUGGGUCUGAGCUUGUCUGCAUUCAUGAUUCUGCAAGACCUCUUAUAUCACAUGGAGACAUAGAAAAGGUACUUAAAGAUGGCUGGGAAAAUGGAGCUGCUGUUCUUGGGGUUCCUGUUAAAGCUACCAUCAAAGAGGCAAAUAGUGAAUCAUUUGUUGUGAGAACGCUGGAUCGAAAAACACUUUGGGAGAUGCAAACACCUCAGGUGAUCAAGCCUUCGCUGCUUAAGAGAGGCUUUGAACUAGUCAAUAGAGAAGGCCUUGAAGUGACUGAUGAUGUAUCUAUCGUGGAGCACCUCAGGCAUCCUGUAUAUGUCACUGAAGGAUCUUACACCAACAUCAAGGUCACGACUCCUGAUGAUCUGCUAUUAGCGGAGAGAAUAUUGAACAUGGACGUCGGAGGGCCAUCGCCAUAAAA